AUGUGCCAGUAUGGCUUUCGAUGGCCCAAAACGAUGAGAUGCAGACAUUUUCCCAAAGCUAACGGCAACAGAGUACGCGUAGAUCGGAACGCAAUGGUACGUAAUAGUGCAUUGAUAAUAACUCGACAGCAAAAAAUUCCCAAACACACCAGCCUCCUGGAAAAAUUGUGAAGAAUGGUAUUUCAUCUUGAUUGCUAUUACUUCCAGUUUUGGAGGUUGAGUUACAGACAAAAGUCAUUUUCCAAUGUGGCUAUGUGCGGUCAUAUCUAUAAUAGCGCAUGUUUCUUUUUGAAAUAUUUUUGAUUGGCAUCUUUGGUAAACUAGUCAGCAUAAUGAAUAGUACAAUUUUAUGAAGUAGAGUCAUAUAUUGCGAAAAUUUCUUCGUGAGCAGUCGUAAGUAUUCGUCGGUAGUCGAAGUAUUGUAAACGUAUUGAAAGCAAAAGAUUUAAUUGUAAGUAAUAGUAGUUAUAGGCUUUCCACCUGAUUGUAUUUGCAACAUACAGUGAGAAGUUGUAUUAUUCUGGUGUUUUCUAAGUAAAAAAUGAAAUAAUUAAAGAGAUUUCAUGUUUCCAAGGGUCUGUCUAAUAAUAAGUCACAGAUGACGUCAAAAUGUGGUGAGUACAAUACAGUGGCAAAAGAGGCACAGCUGAGUGCGUCGCUUCUACAGACCAAACGCAUAUGGAACACAAAGAGAUAUCUACAUCAAACACAACAUUGCCGAUCAUUAACAAAAAAAUCACGUUUUACUGAAAUAAGAGUGAAAAAAAGACUAAUAGUAUUCAGUGUCAAAUUAGAAUUUAGCUAUGUCAGCAUACUGACAUCCGAAAUAUAACUUUGUUUGACUUUCGGGUGAAUGGUGAAUCGACUAUUGCAGAUAAACUGACAGUAAACUAACUCCUUUGAAAAAGACGUACCACCCAGAUUUUUCAAACAAACCAAAACUAAUUAAAAACUGAAGUCAAUGUGUUUAUUUUCCUUGUCUUCCCCUGCAAUUCCGAUAUUCAAAUGGUCCUUUACUCAAUAAUUUAGGCAAGAAAUUUUCGAAAGAGGAGCAUCCGGGAAGUUUGUUAUUAUCUCACAAAAUAUGUAGAAAGAGGGUAGGAUUUAGAGCGUAAUUGUUUUGAAUUGGCUUCAAUCUUUCAUUUAAGUGCUAUCAAAUUAAUAGAAUGAGAAAUGGGAUUGAAUUUUAUGCUCGGUAAUGAAUUAGAGAAAUAUAUUUUUGGUCACGUCACGAGCAUGGGACACAUGAAAAUUUACGAGUCCCUCUCGAGGAAUGGAAUAUCAGACCUCCUUGCUCUAGCACUAAGCCACUAGCUCACCAUAACGAGUCUCGAAGGAUUCACAUUGAGGUACGCAAUAAGGAUCCGUAAAUUUAUUUUAAACAACUGCAGAAAGUACACGAGAGAGCGUGACCUCAGUUUUUACUUGUAAAUUUGAUAUAAAUGUGAAAUACACGAGAAAAGCGUUUGAGAAGCAUGUCAAAAGUAUGGUCCCAUGCACACAGUGUUUCCUCUAUAUUUUGUUUAGUUCUUAAGCCUGCGUGCGAAAAACGUGUUCUCACACUUCAGAGCCUUGCACGUUUUAGAGGCUUGACGAUGAUUUGUGAUUGAGCCUGAACAAGCUGGAAUUUUAACCUUGGGCCUUUGAUCACCCGCCUAAAUAUGAUUUCCUUUUUAAGAAAAAAUAAAACCCAAACCGCCUUUGAUUAAGGUCGCAUCGGAAACACCAAAAAUUUGAUAAACGCUGCGGUGUCACAGCGAAUUAAUACGGCAUCUGCAUGAAACAACCAUUCUGUCUGUUUCACUCUCAGAAAUGAAUUACUAAAAUUUUUUUAAACAAAAAACUGGAAUACUUACCAAAAAUCACGUAGAAAAGAUAUGCUUACAACGUACUUUAACUUUACUUUAAUCUGUAACUGCAAUUAAUUGAAUCUAAAGGUUAUGUCUCUGAGAGGUAUAAUUACCGUAUUAACUCCAAUAAACGUUCCGGCGUUUGAUGCUGUCUUGGCUUUUUUUUUUUUUGCGUUUCCGAUACGGUGUUUAAUCAAUCAGCGUUUAUGCCAAGAUCUUCUCUGUUAAGUCUCUGAAAUCAAUCACAGAGGAUCAUCUACAAAUAUAUUUCAGAACCGCAGGAUGUUUAAAGCUCCACUAGCUCCCAUUCUGGAGAUUGAUUUGAAGGGAGUUGAAGUUAAAUGCAUUGUAAUGAGCCCGUAAUUUUUUGUUGCUGUUGUUUUAAUUUUUUUAGUCUUUGUUUUUGCCUAUUUUGGUUUUAUUGUUUGUCUUCUUUUAUUGUUGUUCUUUUUAUCCUGAACAAACGUCGCUUUCUUUCGACUGAGUGAAAUUCUCAUUUGAGGGCAGUGUAUCCCUAAGUGGUGUAGAAAGGUUUUCAUUUGCUCAAGAUCCAAAUGUUAAUCUCCUUCUAAAUUUUCAAGCACUACAACAUUUAUAUCCGCUUAUGUUGUUUAGAAAGCUAUUAAAUCAGACGUAGCGCUAUCUCCCGAAGUUUUUCGUCAAUACGAGGCAAGACCAUCAAGAUGGAUGAAGAGUCCUUGAAAAUGUUGAUUAGGUACAUGAAUGUCUCUUAAGUCCCUGCUUGAGUACAAGAAAUCCUUCACUUAGAGUUCAUCAGCCCACUUAUUUUUCUUUUUUUUCCUGUCCUUGAAAAUGUUUUUAAAACAUAGCUUGACAAGGGCAACGAUGAAAACAAAGAAGGUAGACUUUUCACGCGACGAGCCUCUUAUGCAGGCGAUGAUCAUCUUCCACCUGUAAUCCUUUCAGCUCACGCAAUUUUCUCUGUAUCCUGAUGUAACUUGAUAGUAAAAUAAUUUACAUGCCGUGUCCACUUCAGUUUUCUUGAAAAGCAAAAAACUGCCUAGCUCUGUAUGGGCCUCUUUCGUGUCCACGAAAAUGUAAACCAACCGGAGGGUAAAAAGAGUCAUACUCUACUGUAAAGCCCAUAUCAGUCUAAGUUAUAUUUUUGGUACCCACUUUCGAUGAAUGAAUAAAAAUGUUUAGUAUCAAAGAACAUAACGUUUCCCGUUAGAUUAGAGUAUACACAAAAGAACCGGAACAGAUGAUUUCCUAUUCAAGAAUUGGCUAACCAAUUUCCUUCGCUUUUUCCUCCUUUUAAAUGCCAUCGAAGUAGAACUUCAGAUUCUUUAAAUGCUUAAACUUUUAAAACUGUCACUAUGGGUGUGUGUUAAAAACGUUAAGCUCAUGCCGGUCGAUUUUGCUUUCAUAAUUCCACAAACUUUAGGUGAAGAAUCGAGAUCAACUCACACCAAGUGAAUGAGAAAUAGAGCAAGAGAAAUUGCUAGCGAUCACAGAGACACCAGUCUCGAGCUGAUUUUGCUGUCUUGCUCAUGAAAACGUUUUCGAACUUGGGGAAAUGGCAGAGAAAACUUUGCCGGAGAUUGAUCAAAAGCCGUAAUGAUGAAUGGCGCUAGAUCGUUGUUGACAUGAAAAGACUAAUCUACAAAAAAUUAGGGCUAAACUGAUUAAAGUUGCGUUGCAUUUUUCUCGACAAAAAGGUUUUUUACAGACGUUUAGUGGGGUUCUAUCUCACUUUAAGGCAAAACUAAUUGAAACAAAUUGUAGCCAAUAAAGAUCUGCGCAAAGCUAUACAGCUCAGUAAUCAAAUCCACUAUUUUCGGUAAAUCUCGUUUAGCUAAUCGUAUCAGUUGAACAGUCCAGACAAGGUCAUUGCCAUUGACUGGUUAACAAAACCUUAAGCUAGGAUAAACAUUUCAUCAGGAUUUUGACAAGAAUUAAGUACAUAAAGGGCUUGAGUCAGAUAUCGACAACAUUCUCACAAUAACCAUUGCAAUGGCUGAAAUUCAGUGCUUCGUUUUCACGACCUUGCUGCUUUUGAGUGCGAGCACCCGCGUUUCUGGUAAAAUAGGAAAAUGUGAGAAGAUCAAAAUACCAUUGUGCCAAGGCAUUGGCUACAACUUCACUUCCAUGCCAAACAUGUUCAACCACGACAAGCAGGAAGAGGCAGCGCUUGAAGUUCAUCAAUUUUGGCCGCUAGUAGAGAUCAAGUGUUCGGCGGACCUGAAGCUCUUCCUCUGUUCCAUGUUUGUUCCAAAAUGCCAGGCAAACGUCAAAAAAAGAGUUCCACCAUGUCGUUCGAUUUGUGAAAGGGCCAGAGAUGGUUGUGCGCGUUUACUGCGUCAGUAUGGCUUUUCUUGGCCCGAACGCAUGAGAUGCAAAACGUUUCCUGAGCACGGUGGCGAUGAGCCGUGCGUGGAAGGAAAUGGAAUUGUAGCGAACGGAACGUCAACGACAACUCAUCCUUUAGAGCCUGUUCUUCCGAAGAAAAAAACCCCAUUUAUGAAAUGUGAGAAGAUCAAAGUACCUUUGUGUCAGGGCAUCGGCUACAACUUCACCUACAUGCCAAACAUGUUCAACCACGACACACAGGAAGAGGCGGCGCUUGAAGUUCAUCAAUUCUGGCCGCUAGUCGAGAUCAAGUGUUCGGCAGACCUGAAGCUCUUUCUGUGCUCCCUUUAUACUCCUAUAUGUCAGCCGAACUAUAGGAAAGAAAUUCCCCCAUGUCGAUCGCUUUGCCAUCAAGCAAGGGAAGGUUGUGCGCCUCUUAUGCGCCAGUACGGCUUUUCGUGGCCCACGCGAAUGAGAUGCGAAAAUUUUCCGAAAUUCGGCCAAAAGAUAUGCAUAGGACCAAACAGAAAUUCAGCUAAAGGAUCCGUAACGACACCUUUACCCUCAGUCGCUGUAAAGAAAUGUAAAAGGAUAAAAAUUCCUUUCUGCCAGGGUAUUGGCUACAACCGUACCUCAAUGCCAAACAUCAAGGAGGAAGAUGCCGUCUAUUUCCAACAGCUCAGGCCACUAUUUGGAGGCAAGUGUUCUCCAAAUCUGAAGCUCUUUCUUUGCUCUAUGUACGCUCCAGAAUGCCGACCGAAUGUCACAGACCCACUUCCUCCUUGUCGCUCGACUUGCAAACAAGCGAAGAGAGGCUGUGCUCCUUUCAUGCGCCUACAUCAAGUUCGCUGGCCAAAGAGAAUGAGAUGCAAAAAUUUUCCAAAAGCUGGCGGCAAGAGGUCGUGCAUAGAUACGAACGGGAUUGUACAUAAGGGUGCAUAA